AAUAAAAUAACAUUCCAUGGCAAAGGCAUAACCUGUAAAUCUAAAAAGGUAGGUGUCGAAAUUUGAAAUUAAAUAAAAUUAAACGUGUAUUUUAAUUCAUUAUAUAUAGAUAGCAAAAUGUAAAUGAAUACACGGGAGAAUUCCAGUAACGACUUUAAAUACUCAAAAUUGUGUUUUACAGGUUGGUAACGGAGAGAUUGAUCACGGUUAUUGGGGUCGACCUGAAGACAUGCACAUGUCACGACCUGCCUAUAAAGUAACUGCAGGAUCUCCGGGCAGUGAUGUAGCAGGAAAUACCGCUGCUGCAUUGGUAGUUGGGUCACUUGUAUAUAAGGAUAAAGAUGCAUCAUACAGUACAAAAUUACUCGCAGCAGCAAAAUCUCUAUAUGCAUUUGCAAAGGCACAUCCUGGUAUAUAUUCAAACAGCGUUCCGGAAGCCAAAAACUUUUAUGGAUCAUCUGGAUGGGAAGAUGAAAUGUGUGAAGCUGCAGGGGCAAUGUAUAAAGUGACAAAAGACCAGCAAUAUUUGAACGAUGCCAAAGGAUACAACAAAGGCGGUGCAGGAUGGGCAUAUUCUUGGGAUGCAAAGAAUGCUGGUUGUCAGUUAUUACUUUGGGAAGCGACCCACGAAGGAAAAUACAAAGAGAAAGUAGAAGAAUUUGUAAAUAGCUAUGAUUAUGGAGGAAGUGUUCCGAUUACACCAUGCGGAUUAUCAUGGAGAGAUAAAUGGGGAUCAAAUGGUUACGCUGCUGGUGCAUCGACGAUAGCGUUAUUAGCUGCUGCUGACGGUAUUGGUGGUGAUAAAUUCAAGAAGGUUGCCUUGCGGAAUAUUGAUUACAUGCUAGGGGAAAAUCGGCAGCAUUUCAGUUAUGUCAUAGGUUUUGGGAGUAACUUUCCAAAGAAACCUCAUCACAGAGCAGCAGGAUGUGCCCCUGGGUAUUGUGCAAAUGCAGGACAGGAUAGUCCAAAUCAACUAAAUGGUGCUCUAGUGGGUGGUCCUGGACGUAACGAUGAUUAUGAAGACAAGAGAGAUGAUUACAUCAAAAAUGAGGUGUCCGUCAUUAGUAACGGUGUAUUUCAGACAGCCGUCGCAGGUCUUUACCAUUUUGCUAUCAAUAACCAGCUUCCACCGCCUCCUGCUCCAAAGUGCUAAUUAGAAGCCCUUGUUGAUUUUAACAAUCUUAAUAAAAAUGAUAUAACUAUUAUUUUUUAAAUCUCA